CAUCCGCCGCCUACCGAAAAUUAGCUUGAGCCGCAAUCACUCAGCAACCUCAAUCGGAUCCCCGCCCCCAAUAACUGCGUACUCGGCCAUUACAUAUAUCCCUCCCCCAUCGAUUGCGGCAUCCGGCUCCUUCUUUCGUGAUCGAUACCCAUACCAUAGAACCCGCCUCCCAAGCUCUUCAAAUCGGCAGAUACAACCAUGGGCCUCCUGGCUCUCGGGACUCCGCUUGAUUGGGAGAAUGCGAAGCAGCGUGCCGACCAAGUGCGGACUCUCGGAAUCCAGCAACUCCUCGAAAUAUGGAAUGCGUAUCGUGGAAACGAGCGAGACAUUUUGCUGUGGGGUGAUGAGAUCGAGUACCUCGUAAUUGCCUUCGACGAAGAGACAAAAAAUGCAUGUCUUUCUUUGAGGCAAGCCGAAAUCCUCGAGGCCUUGGCUGCCGAUGGCAAGCUGAGGGCCGCCGGUGGAGGCGUCCCGGAACUGCAGGAUGUUCUACAAGAAAAACCAGAACCGCUGCCGACUUUCCACCCCGAGUUCGGCCGGUUCAUGCUCGAGGCCACUCCCGGCGCGCCUUUCUCGCUGGCGUGGAAGGACCUGCUGAGUGUUGAGCCGAACAUGAAACUUCGGAGAACCAUCGCAAAGCAGCACAUGGCUGCGAACGAAGUGCCAAUCACCAUUCCGUCCUUCCCCCGCCUCGGUACGAAGGGUGUGUUUACCAACCCGUAUUACCCUCCGACCGGGCCCCAGUCCCGCAGCCAGUUCAUUCCCGAUGAAUGCAUCAACCCACAUAUCCGCUUUCCAACAUUGGCCGCAAAUAUCAGGUCUCGGAGGGGCAGCAAGGUGGCCAUCAACAUGCCCGUGUUCUACGAUGACAACACGCCAAAGCCUUUCAACGAUCCCACAAUAGACUAUGAUAGACAUCUGUACCCGGAGGAUGACGACGUGAGGAAUGGCGCAGCCAAGGAAGGCCACAUCUACAUGGACGCAAUGGGGUUCGGAAUGGGCUGUUGCUGCUUGCAGAUCACGCUGCAGGCGAAGAACAUCACCGAAGCACGCACCUUGUACGAUCAGCUCUGUCCACUCGGGCCCAUCAUGCUGGCGUUGACGGCGUGUGCCCCUGUCUUCAAGGGCUUCCUUGCCGACGUCGACGUGCGGUGGAAUGUUAUCUCUGGGGCUGUCGAUGACCGCACCGAGGAAGAGCGCGGUAUCAAGCCUCUGGAGAACAACCGGUGGAAGAUUCCUAAGUCGCGGUACGAUUCCGUGUCUGCUUAUCUGUCGGAGGACCCCCGCCUGCGCCCCGAAUACAACGACCUCGAUUUGGUGGUCGACGAAGACAUCAAAAAGAGGCUAAUAGACAACGGAAUGGAUGAACGGCUGUCGACACAUUUCGCUCACCUGUUCAUUCGGGAUCCCAUUGUCAUCUUCCAGGAGACAUUGGAGGAGGCUCCAGAGGGGAAAGCAGACCACUUUGAGAACCUCCAGUCCACAAACUGGCAGCACAUGCGCUUCAAACCUCCACCACCAGGCGGAAACAUUGGCUGGCGUGUUGAGUUCCGAAGCAUGGAAAUCCAGAUGACGGACUUUGAGAAUGCUGCAUUCUCCAUCUUUAUCGUCUUGCUGACCAGAGUGAUGCUCUCGUAUGGCCUGAACUUUUACAUUCCUAUCUCCAAGGUGGAUGAGAACAUGACAACCGCGCAUUACCGGAACGCCGUCCUUGCGAACAAAUUCUGGUUCCGCAAGAACCUCUUCCCCCCAGCGCCCAUCUCCAACCGCAACUCACCGUCGGGCAGCCGUGCACCCACGCGGCCGGUAACGCCUGUAGCAGUGGAGGAUGAAUACGGGCUCAUGACCAUCGACGAGAUCAUGAACGGCACCGGCGAAUUCGUGGGACUGAUACCGCUGAUCAACUCGUAUCUCGACACGGUAAAUGUGGAUGUCGUCACGCGCUGUGAACUCGCGGGGUACCUGGCGCUGGUGUCGAAGCGUGCCAGUGGGGAGCUGCAGACGGGCGCGACAUGGAUCAGAGAGUUUGUCAAGGCGCACCCGGAAUACAAGAAGGACAGCGUGGUUAAUGAGCGCAUCAAUUACGAUCUUAUGAAGGCGGUCGAGAAGCUGGGGUGCGACGGAUACCUGGAAGGUUUAGGCGAGAAGCUGCUGGGACGUCGGGACGAGUAGGGGGCGGAUGGGGGGAGGUAGUAGACACCGGGUGAAUGGUGAUGAUGUGACGGACGUACAACACACUUAGAUGAUAGAUUUUCUUCCUUCUUUUUUC